AAUUUUCCUGCAGUGAUCAGCACAGAGGGGCCUCGUGAUCACGAGCUUGUGUGUUGGCAAGUCUUCCUCCUGCGCGCACGAGAGCCGUCCGUGCAGAGCACGAUAACCGAACCGCGAUUCGCGAAUAACACUGUAGGAUCCGGAGCAGGUGGUCCACUUUGAAUGCCUGGGUGAUAGCUGUCCGGCAUGUGAAGACGGCUGAACAUGUGGGACAGCACGAGGCUGAGAGAGUGCCUCCAGCGGUGCAAGCAUGGCGUUUCAAGAGCGAGAAGUCCGCACGAAGGAUUCGUGUUAUGCCAAGGCACCAGGGAUGUAUGGGAGCUGCCGCUGGGAUUUGGUUGGGCGUCUGUUGUGCCUAGCCAGUUCCUUAUUGCACAUCAUACUUGCUUCCAGAUAAAUUAAUCGAUCGGCCUAUCCUGCAUUGACUGCCAGCGAUCGUGUGCCUGACCCGGCCGAUGUUGGUCGUAAGCCACUGACCAUGCAAUACGUAAUGGUCGGCAGGGCGUCCCGAUCUUGUGCUAAGCGUCGAUUCGACUUGCGGUCGAGAGAGCACCGACGGCUUCAGGAUAGUUUCAGCUGGAGAUCUUCAGGGCAGGUGUCAGCUU